GGAAUUGGAGGGGAGCUGGGGUAGGAGGGAGAAGCAGCAGGCAAAAGGGAAAUUCCUGGUAGCAUUCUGGGAUGAGUUUAAAUGGUGAAAUUCACUAUUGUAGCAGAGUCUGCACACUGUGUCCUAUGUCAGCCCUCAAAAUAAGGUAAAAGUGGUGCAUAGUCAUGUGAGGCUUCUGCACAGAGGUGAAUUUCAUCCAAGGUACAACUUUUCCUUUUUGACAUUCAAAUUGGCAGUAUUGGAGUGAUACUCUAGCUGUGACAGUCCCAGAGGCAAGGAUAUCUUAGGGUGAUACCUAUUAUUGGACAAACGGCACAGUUGGGAUAGAGUUAGACAAGCUUUUGAAUGCAAGGCAUUCUUCAUCAGGUUAAUUUCAACAUAAUUGCACUCAACAAAGCUGCUCCUUUUGUGCGUUCAAACACAACUGUUCACUUCAGUGACAAAAAAGAACCGUUACCCAUUUUCGUUCAGCGGGUAAGACUGAGCAUACGCAGAAAAUGAAACCAAGUGUGUAACUAUUGAUGGAACUGUUUCCAUAAAUUCCACACCAUUCUCUGUGUAAGCCCACGAAGAUAAAGAGAUUGCAUUGAUCAUAUGAAGGGCUGGAAGAGAAUAAUGGAAGACAAUAAUGGUAUUAAAACUUUAGCAAUUUGCAUAAUUGCCUGGUUUUUAGAAAGCCUUUCAUGAUUUUAAAAUCCAGAUGUGAAACUAAUUUUGUUUGACUUCUGAAGCCAUUACGGUCCUCACAUUUUGAACUUUUCUCUGGAACUACAGUCCUUCUUAGUUAAUGAAAACUGGUAGUUUCAUGUCAUCACAUGAAUCUAGGAGCUGUUUUAUAAGAGGAACUUAAUAAUAUUAGACUUGCAAUUUAGUCAUAAGAGCUAGUGAAGCUUUUUAUUCAGUGGCCAGUUUGACUGAUAGGAUCUCUCGUACUGGUGCAGUGAAUUGUUUCUGAAAUACUUCUACAAAAGAUUUUUCUUUUGGGUUUAAAUCUCUUGGUUUGUUCCUGCCCCACCAUGACCUUUAAUAGAAAUUGUCAUUUUUCUGCUUGUGGAUCUUCUCUGUAGAACUCUGAUAAAAUAACUGUUCAACAGUAGAGCUCUUCUGAUCCAAUGGCAUUUUAGAGGCUUAGGGACCAUCUAUAAAGUUCAAAGAGGGAAACCUUUUCAUGUGGUUCACCUGCAUGGUAACAGCAGUUAUUUUUAGAUCAAGGAGUUUUUCUCCCCCAAGGGCUUUGGGAACUCUGCAGCAUUCUCAAAUUUGGAAAAUCUGUUUUACUGAAAGUGACAGCUUUAAUGCCGUUCUCUUUUCCUUUUGUCAUCUUUUUUUGCAACGGAUUUAAAAAAUUCACGGCCAUAUGCUGCUGACAUCUUACAUUUGAAGAAUAUUUCAUAUAUCAACUCCUUGUAAGUGGAGUAUUGAAAAUGUUUACCACAGUAUGUUUCUUUGAUAUUUGGUAACAUGCCUACACUUAAGGGAUCACAAACCACUCAUAUUUUAGUGUAACAGUCUGGGCCUGUAGCAGUGGCCUAAAAUUUGUUUUUCAAUGGCACUUGUGUAUUUGUUGCCUAUGAGAUGUUGCUUAUUAAGCAAGGGAAAGAUUUCUUUUAGAAUACUGAGUCCAAUUAGGAAUUUUUAAGAUAAUCCUUUUGCUACAGAGACUGUAUGGCUGGCAGUACAAAGAAAGAUGGUAGCAAUGCAGCCAUUGUGGGAACGUUCUAUUUUGCUACUGAUUUACAUUUUAAAGUUAAAGUUUAGGGAUGUGUCAGACCUGCCUUUGGACUUUAAACACUUCCUCUUCACCACCCCCACCCACCAGUCCUAAUAUAUUGCUAUAAAAGAGGAUUAAAUUUACCUGGGUGGCAAAAAAACCAUAUGGGCCACAUCCACAUGAGCGUGGACGUUUGGCUUCCCAAGGGCAACUAGCAGCAGGACACCUUGUGCCUCUGCUAGUUGUUACCAGGGAACGCCUUUGCCGUGUGUGCUUGGGUGCGCGGUAGGUUACCUCAGGUGGUAUGGGUGAGGUUGGAGCCAGCACUGGGCUGGCCCCAGCAGCCUUACCUGGGGUCCUGGGUGUCUCCUGGGGCUGCAGUAGUGGCGAUCCUGCUGCUCGGAGCCUGGCCGGCUUUGAGUGGCCAGGUUCCGGUUUUGAGUGGAGUGCACUGCCCCCAUGUAUGCUGCCCCCACCUUUUUUUUUUUUUUGCAGUGCAGACAACAGCUGAAUGUGUGGUUUCUGCAGUAUACCGCAUGGCCGCGCUCAUCUGGAUUGUACACCAUAAUGAGAGCCUAGAAACAAUUGGAUCUUGGUUAUGGACAGCAGGUUUCAACUACAGAGAUCCAGAUUGGGCCCAUGAGACUGACACAAGAUCCUAUUCAGGUUUUGCUGAUCUUUGCAGAAGAAGACAACCAGAGUGAUGGGUUCUGGUGGGCUUGUGAUAGAGCUGGAUACAGGUGUAAUAUUGCUCGAACACCAGAGUCAGCACUUGAAUGCUUUCUUGAUAAGCACCAGGAAAUAAUAGUGAUAGAUCACAGGAGCUCCCGAUACUUUGAUGCUGAGGCUAUCUGCAGAUCAAUCCGUGCUACUAAGCCAUCAGAACACACUGUAAUACUUGCUGUUGUUCCACGCACACCUGCUGACCAAGAAGAGAUAUCUGUUCUACCCCUUCUCAACGCCGGCUUUGAUAGGAGAUUUAUGGAGAAUAGCAGCAUAACUGCUUGUUACAAUGAACUGAUUCAAAUAGAGCAUGGGGAAGUGCGGUCUCAAUUCAAACUACGGGCUUGUAAUUCAGUAUUUACAGCACUAGACCAGUGUCAGGAAGCUAUAGAAAUAACCAGCGAAGAUCAUGUUAUUCAGUAUGUCAAUCCAGCCUUUGAACGCAUGAUGGGGUAUCACAAGGGAGAGCUUAUAGGAAAAGAACUUACUGAACUACCAAAAAGUGAUAAAAACCAUGCAGACCUUUUAGAUACAAUCCACACAUGUAUCAAAAAAGGGAAGGAAUGGCAAGGGGUUUAUUACGCAAGAAGGAAAUCAGGAGACAGUAUCCAACAACAUGUAAAGAUAACACCUGUGAUUGGUCAAGGAGGGAAAAUUAGACAUUUUGUGUCUAUCAAGAAGCUGUGUUAUACCAAUGAAAACAAUAAGCAGCUCCACAAGAGUCAUCGUGAUGAGAAGUAUGCAGGCGACAAUUCUCAGUCAGCAUCCCACUCCUUCAGGUGCAAGAACAGGAGGAAAGACUCAAUUGAUGUCAAAUCAAUAACAUCUCGAAGUAGUGAUGCCCCAAGUUUACAAAAUCGCCGAUAUUCAUCAAUGGCCAGAAUCCACUCGAUGACAAUAGAAGCUCCUAUCACAAAGGUUAUUAACAUAAUCAAUGCUGCCCAGGAGAACAGCCCUGUCACUGUAGUGGAGGCCUUGGACAGAGUUCUGGAAAUCUUACGGACAACAGAACUUUACUCCCCCCAGCUAGGUACCAAAGAUGAAGAUCCUCACACAAGUGAUCUUGUUGGAGGUCUGAUGACUGAUGGCUUAAGAAGACUGUCAGGAAAUGAGUAUGUAUUUUCUAAGAACAUGAACCAGAGCCAUAGUCACCUUUCAGUGCCAAUUGCAAUCAAUGAUGUUCCACUCUGUAUUGCACAGUUGCUUGAUAAUGAAGAAAGCUGGGACUUCAACAUUUUUGAAUUGGAGGCUGUUACAAAUAAAAGGCCAUUAGUUUAUCUAGGUUUAAAAGUUUUUACCCGGUUUGGGGUCUCUGAAUUUUUAAAUUGUUCAGAAGCAACAGUACGAGCCUGGUUCCAGGUGAUUGAAGCCAACUACCACUCCUCCAAUGCAUACCACAACUCCACACAUGCAGCAGACGUUUUACAUGCUACAGCAUUUUUUCUUGGAAAGGAAAGAGUUAAGGGAAGUUUGGACCAUUUAGACAAGGUGGCUGCACUAAUAGCUGCCACCAUUCAUGAUGUAGAUCACCCAGGACGGACCAACUCAUUCCUCUGCAAUGCAGGCAGUGAAUUAGCUGUACUUUAUAAUGACACCGCUGUAUUGGAAAGUCACCACACAGCAUUGGCAUUCCAGCUCACGGCUAAAGACAACAAGUGCAACAUUUUCAAGAAUAUUGAUAGGAACCAUUAUCGGACAUUGCGACAAGCUGUUAUUGACAUGGUUUUGGCAACAGAGAUGACAAAGCACUUUGAGCAUGUGAACAAAUUUGUGAACAGCAUCAAUAAGUCCAUGGCAUCUGAGGAAACUAACUCAAAUAGUGAAGGCAGCGAUUGUGAUUGUACAGCCAAUGUGAAGAAUUUUCCAGAUAACCAAACACUGAUCAAGCGCAUGAUGAUUAAGUGUGCAGAUGUAGCAAAUCCAUGUCGUCCUCUAGAACUCUGCAUUGAAUGGGCUGGGAGAAUUUCAGAGGAAUAUUUUGCACAGACUGAUGAAGAGAAAAGACAAGGUCUGCCUGUUGUAAUGCCAGUAUUCGAUCGUAACACCUGCAGCAUCCCAAAGUCUCAGAUAUCUUUCAUUGAUUAUUUUAUAACAGACAUGUUUGAUGCCUGGGAUGCAUUUGCACACCUACCUGUUUUAAUGCAACACUUGGCUAAUAACUACAAACACUGGAAAAUGUUAGAUGAGCUGAAGUGCAAGAGUCUCAGGCUUCCAUCAGAGAACAACAACUGAAGGGAAGAAAACCAGACCUUCUGAUCUACCAGUCUCACUGUGAAUUAUUUACUAACUUAGAUACAAGGGUUGGUAUUUCCUUUAAAAUGAACAGACUGUGCAGCAAGGAGAAAAUAUUUUAUUCUCCACUCCUAAAUCACUCUAAAGUCUACAAAAAAAUAGUUUUCAUAAAGGUACUUAUUCUGAAGCUGAAUAAACACCCUUUGGAACUAUCCUUUUGCGGCAACACAGGUACGUCUAAAGCUAACUUCUAACCUUAUACACAUUUGUCAAAUGUAACUAGUACAGUUUUAGUUACUGACAAAACUAUACUGUGUACAAAUGGUUCUAAUACCGAAGUGUAAUAUUUGCAAGGAAAAUCAGAAUAGGUUAAACAGGACUAAAAAGUGAAAUCCCCAGAAUUUGGCAUAAAUUGCAUAAGUAUUUCAGAGAAACUCCUUUGAACUUUAGCACUGAAGAGAACCUGUGAAGUAGAGCAAAUGAAACCUCAGAAAUAGAAUAAAUAGGUAAAUACUGCUGAUUUUGGAAAGGACUGCUUUCUAACGAAUGCCUAGAACUUUACCCAUUUUGUUAUUAAACAGAUUAAAUAUAAAAUUACCUCUCUCAUGCAGCACAUUAUCAACCUACUUUUCUUUUCCCAUACAAAAUCUUGAUGUAAUAAAAUCAGUCUAAUCCAAUUAAAAUGUGUGAUGUGGGAGAUUAGGUUGGCCCAUAUAAUUGCUGCCAUUCACACUUUUCUCUGCUAUCCUGGAGAGUUUACCAUAAGAAGUGGUGUCAAAUUUUACAUAAACCAUUGCAAUGUGGGAUUGAUCCCACAUCCUUUUUAAUAAAAUGCUGUUUGUACACAUGAUCGCUAAUAUUUUAAAUUAAUCUAAAAAUGUUAUGACACGAGGCCAUAUAUUGCAGUACAUGACAGUAAGGACCUGCAGCUUUUUAAGAGUUUCCAGGUUAUACAUUACAGCAGCAUUAUAAUUUAUAAUGCUUUUUGCCCUCCUCAUAGAAUACUGUUUUGUUAUAUGAUGUAAGAAGUAUUUCAAAAGAUGUAAAUAAGUUAAAAACUGAACAUAGUUUUUUCAUUAGUUUUAAAAUAUGAAAUUAUGCUAAAGCUUCCAAAGCACAAAUGCAUAUUUUUAUACAUCUCAUUUUAAUCACAUGCAGAACAUGAGUUCAGAUUUUAAACUAUUCUCAGAAUACUUGGUUAAUAUAUCCUAAGAAAACUGCUGAUUUUUAACACUGUGCACUCCGGGCUGCAGUAAUGAGUUAGAUUAGAAGCUGUGACUUUAGUUAAGGAGGUAAUAAUACAUUGCUUAUCAGAAAUAAAGGAUUUGGGACAAGUUAUUUAUCCCUCUUGUGCUGUAUCAGGAAGCAAACCAGGUAAAAAGAAAAUGGGCUAAGAUAGCAGUGGAACAAAACUGACCAUGAUUGCAGUUUCCUGCAGGUAGCUUACAUAAUGUGCCAACCUUUUUUCUAUGUUUUGUACCAAGUUAUGUAAACAAAUAGAAACGUUCAUAAAAUUUACAUGCAGAGAAAUGUAUAUAAGCUAUAUUUUUGUUAGAAUUGUAAUAGAACCUUACUUUUGUCACAGCUAAGGCAGUUUGCUCUGUAUAAUAAUGCUGCAUUGUGUAUAUAUGAAGAAUGGUGUUUUUUGGUGAAGUCUCUAUAUUCAUUAUUUCUAUAUGUACCACUAUAAAGUUCUAGUUACAUUUUUUUCAAUGGAUUUCUAUUCAAAUAAGUUGACCUCCAGUUUUUCUACUAUAAAAUAUUUGCUUUUCUCAUUCCUUGAUAUCAGAGCAAACCUUCUGUUAAUAAUUGUACCUUGAACCAAAUCUACUAAAGACUGAACUCUGAUUGCAGCUAAUGUUAGAGGAAAGGGAGAAAGACCUGUCAUGUUUUCAAAGCUCUGUCAUUUUAACUUAAUUUGUUAAACACAAUAUUAGUUGUAAAACAAAGAUGUAAAGCAUUUAUUUUAAUUCACUGUUACCAAAUUUGAUACCCACUUCAAACUCUGAUAGUAAUGUGGGAAAUGUUAUCUGCACAAGGAACCUAAGAAAUAAAGCUCGUCCCUCA